AUGAGCGCUUUAACACGACUACGACAAGCUCCCCGGGCUCUCAUUCCUCUCGACUGGCCCGUCGCCGCUGGCUCGCGCUCCCGGCUGCGUUUACCAGCACGGUCAGUGGUCGUGCGCCCACUCUCGACGUCUUCGCCAUGGCAGUAUGACCUCGGCGCAAAGUAUCGUGCACCCCGCCACCUGCCUGCGCCUCCACCUGCUGUGCACAACGAGCUGCCUGGUCCUCCCGCACCCAAAGCGCCCAGAGACAAGGCCGUGAUGGUCCUGGGCGUGCGCGUGCCGCCCAAACCCAUCCCACCAGGGGACGAAGACUGCUGCAUGUCUGGCUGCGUCCACUGCGUGCUCACGAUCUACGCCGAGGACGUGGAGGAGUACACCGUCUCGGUCCAGAUGGCGCGCGACGCGCUGACCAAGGACGGCGUGCCGCGAGCCAAGUGGCCCGAGGCCGUGCUGGAGAGCGAGGAAGAUGGAGAGGGCGGCAAGCCGGCCGCGCCUGCCGUCGACCCGACCAUGGCUGCGUUCAUGGCGCUCGAGUCCAAGCUGCACAAGAAGUGA